ACCUUUUCGUCCUCUCCCUGCUCCUUUAUAAGAGGGCCGGGGAAAGACUUCUAUUCUAUGCUCGUCGUUGGCAGCAAGUUUUAAAACUGUUCACUGAUUCAGUCUCCCCUAAGGCUCAGCUCCAACCCUGAAAAGAAUGACGUCUUCCUCCUCUUCGUUCUUCGAUAUCGAGCCGCUCGAGUGUGGUGCGACCUGCCGCUGCGCCAUGGACGCCUGCUCCCUCUGCGGCAAGCGGCUGGCCGGAGACUGCGACAUCUUCAUGUACAGAGGGGACACGCCGUUCUGCAGCGAGGAGUGCAGGUACCGCCAGAUGGUGAGCGAUGACUUGGGCGCGGGGAAGAGCAAGCCCUUCAUGAUGGAGCUUCCGGCGAUGAAAAAAGAGCAGCAGCGGCAUAUGCACGAGAGGCCAGCCGCCGCCGAGCCCGCCCGUGUCCAGAUCGCAGCAAACGUUCCCGUCGCUAUCUAAGCACCGGGCACGGAGCAGCAUCCGAUCGGAUUGAGAAGGAGCUGACAGCCCCAUGCCCCGAUCGAGAUGAGUAGCGGCAGAAUAUACGCAAGCAAGCAACCACGCCCUCGAGAUCUUUGUGUUCUUCCUUUUUCGUUGUUGUCGAUCACUUUUUUUUUAUGUGAUGAGCGCGAGUGUCAGAAAUGGGUGUACAUGACGGCAUUUCCCAGCUUUUCAGUGUUGUCCCUUUGCAA